GAGAACAAGAAGUGAAUGGGUCCCGAAAGCUCGCGAGAUUCGGUGGGCAGGACGGAGAGCUAGCUAAAGCUAAACAGUCUGUCGGAGGCAAAUAAAACUAAAACCAAGCACAAAUAUGUCUGGACGCUCGGUUCGCGCUGAGACACGAAGCCGCGCUAAAGAUGACAUGAAGAAGGUGAUGGCGGCCAUUGAGAGGGUCAGAAGAUGGGAGAAGAAAUGGGUCACUGUCGGAGACACAUCUUUGAGGAUAUUCAAAUGGGUACCAGUGGUGGAUACAAAAGAAGAGAAGAGUAAGGUGGUCCCGGCUGGAGCAGUCAGGGAGCUGAAUAGCUUCUCCACAGAUCCAGCCUCAGAAAACACACAUUCAAGUCAUCUGGAUUUUCAUGAUGAGAACAGUAACCAGAGCUCUCUGUCUGAUGCGUACCAGCCCAAAGUGGACAGCAGCAGUAACUCUAGCCCCCAGCCUAGUGAACCUCUGAGCCCCAAGAACCUGUGUGACUUCCGCACAGAUGACUCACAGCCCCCGACUCUGGGCCAGGAGAUCAUGGAGGAGCUGUCAUUGCCAAGUGAACUGGCUGACGAACCUCCGUUGCUAAUUAAAGAGGACUUGUUGCCCCUCACUACUCAGGAGGAAGAGGAGUGUUCUGGAGCUCCACCACUGAAGAAGGUGUGUUCUGAGCAGAACUCUGUCCUGCAGAGCUCCUCAAUGAUGAGCUAACACACUGCAUCAGACUCGGACCCAAUUCACUUCAGGCACUUUGUUGAAUCUCAUUUUUUGAUUUGGAAAAAUUGUCUAUCAUUUUCAAUGACAGACAUUUAUGGUUCAUAAAUUGAACAAAACAUUUUAAACAAAUUGAACUCUCAACUAAUUUGCUGAUUUUAAAAUAAAAAAUGCUUUGAACCAGGCCCUGCUUAGCUUUUAGUCAGCGAGUUGCACGACUGCAAGUCUAUCCUACGAUGACUGCAAUGGAUACAUAUAGAAGGACCACCAUAUUUGUUAUGAUUUUAUAUUGAGUCUCUUUCAAAGUGAUUUCAUUUUUCCCUUAAAGGACCCAUGAAUAUGUAGUUUAGUUGACACUAUUUAGUUUCAAUGGAUUAACAGCGGAAUACAAAACCAAAGCACUCUACCACCACUCUCCCGAGGUAGUGCAGUCCGGUAGGUUACAUGUAUGCCCUUUUUUAAUUUUCUUUGAUUUGGGAGAUAACGUUUUCUGUCUACAAAAUAUAACUUUUCACGUAAACUAUUUAUUGCAAGGCAAUGACAGAAAAUGUAUGAAGUAAUAGUUGAAUUAAGCUAUGGUCAGUGUUGUAGGUUUUAAGUCUGAUUGGCUCUAUUUUGAAUGCAGCUUCAUAUUGUGCCAUUGACACUUGUUUACUCAAUGAAAGCUGUCAGGAUCUUUUGUCAGUUUUGACGAUUUCUAAAUCAAGUGUUAUAUCCGUCCAUCCAGGACACGCUGGUGUGCAAAUCAAAUGCACUAAGUUUAACAUUGUAGAAUGUUUCAAAAGUACAAGUACUGUAUGUGAUGUUUUUCAAGCUACUUAAAUGAUGCUACUAGGUCCUUAUUUUUUUGUUAUUUAUCUCUUAAAGAUGUUGUCUCAGUUAUUUAAGAGUUCAUUUGUAAAAUGAACACAGAUUGUUUGUCUAAAAUCUGUCUUGAGUUAUCGUCCUUAGUAACCCAAGGAAGCACUUGUCUUUCUCAGAGAUGUUUUAUGUCAUAUUUUACUUGAGUGAAAUUAGGAAAUUUAAUUUAUCAGGUUAGCAUGUACACUGACUAUUUUAUGUUAUUUUGGAAUGAUUGUAAUACUUAAUAGUAACCAUUUUAUUUAUAGUACCAGUCAAAAGUUUGGACACCUACCCAUUCAAUGGUUUUUCUUAAUUUGUACUAUUUUCUACAUUGUAGAAUAAUAGUGAAGACAUCAAAAU